UAGCAUCAGUCUGCCUGCUGCCGUCCUCCAAGUUUUUAACUCACAACAGUGACACUUUUUUUUUUUUUCAUUCAUAAGUAUAAAUACUGGCGUUAUAAAUAAGACGGCAUAUCUGCUACUGUGUCUACCAGUAUCGCCGGUUGUACCUGGAUCGAAACUAAGCGGCCUUUAUCUUUUUUAACGCAGGCCCCGACGAAUACUUUGAUGAUUAUUACUUUGCCGUUCUUUUUGUAAUUCGAUUGUUUUGUUUUUUUAUUUUAUUUUAUCCCAGUGCGUCCUUAGUCGAAUGCCUAAUAAUACUAUUGAAAACGAAAAGCUUUAAUCAGUAGAUUUACCUAUUGGUCAACUGUGAUAGUUUCAAGUCCAACUGGAUUUCGAGUAUUGGCCUUGGACGUUAGUUUUACCGAAGAAACUUUUGACAUUUUGAUUGACAAAAUUAAACAGCGCACAAGAGAAAGGAGAGACAAAGUACGCAUGCCUAGCUGAUUAUAGGAUUACGAGGGAAUAUCUGUGAGAAGAAACAAUUCGCAGUGAAAAAUCAUGACUUCCGUCAUCCGACAAGCACUGCGAACAGCAAUGAAGCUGGAUGCAACUGUAAACAACAAGUUUACGAAACUACUGCCGUCGAGACAUCUUUCUAAUGACUUUCAGACCAAGGUUGUCGAGGGGAUGAAUGGCGAAAAAAUUAUUUCAUCGCCUUACGGAUCGGUCACUUACCCAGAGAUGCCUCUCCACGAGUAUGUCUGGAAUACUUUACCAAACUACUCGAACAUGACAGCAGUGGUGUGUGGAGUAACGGGCAGAAAAUAUACUUAUGCCCAAGCGAGAGAUUUUUCAAAUUAUGUGGCUAGAAGUUUGCUUGAUAUAGGCAUAAAGCAGGGCCAAGUUAUUGCUCUGGUCCUACCAAAUCUUCCGGAAACUGCAAUAGCUUUCCUCGGGUGUUUAGAGGCCGGUAUUGUGAUCACCACAGUGAAUCCUAUGUAUACAGCCGAUGAAAUCGCGAAACAAUUGGUUUCAUCUGGUGCGAAAGCAGUUAUUACUUCAACUGAAAUAUCUUCAACCAUAUUGGAAGCUGUAAAUAAAAGUAUUCCUGGUGCCCAAGUCAUCGUUAUUAACGAUCGGAUAAAACCACUUCCAGACGGAGUAAUUCCAUUUGAGGAUCUCAUGACAAAGGGACAGUCGCUCCCUCCAGUACUUGCACCCAACACCUGGUCUUUUGAUGAUGUAAUAGUUUUGCCAUAUUCGAGUGGUACAACGGGUUUACCUAAGGGUGUCAUGUUGACACAUCGAAAUUUAGUCUCGAACAUAGAAAUGUUAAAAGGAACCUUAAGCGACGAUAUACUUCCACCUGCUGAUGGAACUCAUCAAGAUAUAAGUCCAGUUGUAUUACCACUGUUUCAUAUUUAUGGAAUGAGCGCCGUUAUGUUGAUCAGACUGACAAUUGGUGCUCAACUCAUAACUUUGCCCAAAUUCACUCCAGAAUCGUACAUUAAAGUUUUGGAUGAAUACAAGGUCACGUCGUUGUCAUUAGCCCCGCCCAUAGUUAUUUUUUUGUCAACUCACAAGGAUGUCUCUAGAAAACAUUUGGAGAGUAUAAGGACAGUAAUAAGUGGCGCAGCUCCUCUGUCUGAAACUGACAUUAAUCGAUUUUAUAACAAAUUUCAACUAGACCAAGAAAAAGUCUCGUUUUUUCAAGGCUACGGGUUGACGGAAACAUCUCCAGUGUCGCUAUUCGAAAUAACAGGAAAAAAAUACUCAAGCAUAGGUAAACCCGUGAGUAAUUGCGAAGUUCGGUUAGUGGACCCAAUUACGAAGAAAGACGUCGAAUCUCCCCGUCAAACUGGUGAAUUAUGGAUUCGAGGGCCACACGUUAUGAAGGGAUAUUUAAAUAAUCAAAAGGCCACCGACGAGACGAUUAUUGAUGGCUGGCUCCUCACUGGCGACAUCGCUUACUACGACGAAGAUUUGGAUUUCUACAUUACCGAUCGAUUAAAAGAGCUCAUCAAAGUCAAGGGUUUCCAAGUUGCCCCAGCUGAACUGGAAGCUAUUCUCAGAGAGCAUCCUAACAUUGCCGAAGCUGGUGUGGUUGGCAUUCCAGAUGAAAGAUGUGGGGAAGUUCCCAGAGCGUUUGUUGUCCUCAAAAACAAAGGACAAACAAGUGCGGAAGAAAUUCAGAACUUUGUAAAAGGGAAAGUCUCUAAGUUUAAAGAACUUCAAGGUGGUGUUCAAUUCAUUGACUGCUUACCCAAAAAUGCGUCGGGAAAAAUUUUGAGAAUAAAAUUGAAACAGAAUCCUUUUUAACGUUAAAUUAAAACGUGAAAAAUCAUGUAAU